AUACACGCCCGGUCUCGAACACGAGAACCCGGACGGUGGCAAACUUGUUAUUUUAAUCUAAUAUUUUUCUCUACAGAUAAGUGUAAAUUUUUUAUUUUUUAAAUUUUCUCUAGAAUAAUUGCUAAGGUAGGUUCGAUAUUGUUUCCCAUCUUAGCGGACGGGGUGUUUGUGAUAAACUGAAUUUUAUUGCACUAUAUUGUAAAUCGACGGAGUGUGUGUAAACAAGAUUGGAAGGUUACAUAUGACUUAACUGUAUAGUGACAAUAGAAAUGGGGCUAUGAACCCGAAAGAUAAUUUUUUUUAUAUUACUGGUAAAAUUAUACAUUUAACAAAUAUUUCAUCAUCCUUUAUCACAGUACGAUUAAUUGUACAGUAAAAUAACAAUUUUUUUUUUUCGUAGUGGUUGUAAAUACUUUACAAAAAUAUAUUAUUUGAUUGCACUUGUACCACACCUACUACUGAAAUGUAGAUUUCGGCGAAAGAAACAAAACUAAUUAUUUAUGUCAGUUUUCUUUUAGUAAUAAAAGUUGUUUUAAAUACUUUUAUUAAAAAAUUUAUUGAUUAAUAUUUAUGUGGUUUUAAAAUAAAUAAUGAUUGAAGCAGCUAAUACAUUCUGGAAUAAUUUUUUCGCGGUAUUGAGCGGUGACGCAAUGCGCGUGACUUCUCGUUCAGUAAGGGCCAUUGCCAUUGGCUGUUCGCAAAGAACCUUCCAGAAAUCAGCGUAUCAUCCUUCAUAAGUGACUGCAUUAGCCAUUGUAGAAUUAAUCUUGAGAAGAGACGCCAUACUGUAACACGAGUUAAGAGAAGUUUCUUCGAGUUUUGUCUGUAAUAUAUUUCAAGCACUAACCAAACAUGGCCAAAGCACCAGCAGUAGGAAUUGAUCUGGGCACCACGUACUCUUGCGUGGGUGUCUUCCAGCACGGCAAGGUCGAAAUCAUCGCUAACGACCAGGGAAACCGCACCACACCCAGCUAUGUGGCCUUCACAGACACUGAGCGGCUCAUCGGCGAUGCCGCCAAGAACCAGGUCGCUAUGAACCCUUCCAACACCAUCUUCGAUGCGAAGCGGCUGAUAGGCCGCAGGUUUGAUGACCAGACAGUGCAGGCAGACAUGAAGCACUGGCCCUUCGAGGUUCUUAGCGACGGCGGAAAGCCCAAGAUACAGGUGCAGUACAAGGGCGAGGCCAAGACCUUCUUCCCCGAGGAGGUCAGCUCCAUGGUGCUGACCAAGAUGAAAGAGACUGCAGAGGCAUACCUGGGCAAGACUGUGACUAGUGCUGUCAUCACCGUGCCAGCAUACUUCAACGAUUCACAGCGACAGGCAACCAAGGAUGCUGGGGCCAUUGCUGGCCUAAACGUACUGCGCAUCAUCAACGAGCCCACGGCUGCUGCGAUCGCGUAUGGCCUUGACAAAAAGGGUCAUGGUGAACGCAAUGUCCUAAUCUUCGACCUUGGUGGAGGAACUUUCGAUGUCUCCAUCCUCACUAUAGAAGACGGCAUCUUUGAGGUGAAGUCGACUGCCGGCGAUACUCACUUGGGUGGUGAGGACUUUGAUAACAGGAUGGUGAACCACUUUGUGCAAGAGUUCAAGCGCAAGUACAAGAAAGACCUUACUACAAACAAGCGUGCAGUGAGGCGCCUGCGCACGGCAUGUGAGCGUGCAAAGCGUACGCUGUCCUCGUCGACUCAGGCCAGCAUCGAGAUAGAUUCCCUGUUCGAAGGCAUUGACUUCUAUACAUCGAUAACUCGAGCAAGGUUUGAGGAGCUUAAUGCAGAUCUAUUCCGUGGGACGAUGGAGCCAGUUGAGAAGGCAUUGCGCGAUGCCAAAAUGGACAAGGCGCAGAUACACGACAUUGUGCUGGUUGGUGGUUCGACGCGUAUUCCGAAGGUGCAGAAGCUCCUGCAGGACUUCUUCAAUGGUAAGGAGCUGAACAAGUCUAUAAACCCGGAUGAGGCGGUGGCUUAUGGGGCGGCUGUGCAGGCAGCCAUCUUGGCUGGUGAUAAGUCUGAGGAGGUCCAGGACCUGCUCUUGCUUGACGUGACGCCUCUGUCCUUGGGUAUCGAGACUGCUGGUGGCGUGAUGACUGUGCUAAUCAAGCGCAAUACCACCAUCCCAACGAAGCAGACCCAGACGUUCACCACGUACUCUGACAACCAGCCGGGCGUGUUGAUCCAGGUGUACGAGGGAGAGCGUGCCAUGACCAAGGACAACAAUCUUUUGGGCAAGUUCGAGCUGACUGGCAUUCCUCCAGCACCCCGUGGAGUCCCCCAGAUUGAGGUGACUUUCGACAUUGAUGCCAAUGGUAUCCUGAACGUGACUGCGGUGGAGAAGUCGACGGGUAAGGAGAACAAGAUCACUAUCACAAAUGAUAAGGGACGUUUGAGCAAGGAGGAGAUUGAGCGCAUGGUAAAUGAUGCAGAGCGCUACCGCGCGGAGGACGAAAAACAGAAGAGCACAAUUGCAGCAAAGAAUGCGCUGGAGUCUUACUGCUUUAACAUGAAGAGCACUGUAGAGGAUGACAAGGUGAAGGACAAGAUCUCGGAUGCAGACAAGACAGCCAUCAUGGACAAGUGUAACGAGGUGAUUCGCUGGCUGGAUGCCAACCAGCUGGCAGAAAAGGAGGAGUUUGAGGCCCAGCAGAAGGAACUGGAAGCAGUGUGCAACCCCAUUGUCACGAAGCUGUAUCAGGGAGCUGGUGGCAUGCCUGGGGGUAUGCCUGGCGGCAUGCCUGGAGGCUUCCCCGGGGCUGGUGGGGCUGCUCCUGGGGCAGGUGCAAGUGCAGGGGCUGGCGGCGCGGGACCCACCAUCGAGGAGGUCGACUAACAUUCCCACAUGAUGCCGAUGCUGUUGCAGACACAACUUAAAGUUAAAUUUCUGGAAAGCUAAGUAAUUGGUUAUUUCACAUUUGUUGGUAUUGAUGACAUUUGUUAAGAAUUUUGUUCCUUUGCAUUUUCUUUAAUGCUGGCUGGUAUUUUUGAAAUGUAAACAAGACCGGAAAUGUAAUUUAAAUAUCAAUAAAAACAAUGUGAUCUGA